UUCCCGCUCCUUUGAAAGUGGGGCGGCCGCAUCACUACUAAGUGAGUCUGUAAUGAACAUAGUGGACAUAAUAAGUGAGAUUGUAAUGGACGUAAGACGUGUCGGCAAUGAGUCUGACGAAGGUCGUUACGUUUUACCAGCACGGGAGACUCUUGUGUUUUUUUGAAGUGUUGUAAGCGUUUGAAACAAACGUUUGUCGCGGAAGGAUGCGGGCACGCGCAGACGUCGGUACUGUGAUCGUAGUUUGAAUCGUGCGGUUAGUAUUUAUGUUGUUGUUGUUUUCAAUAAAAAAAAAGUGGUUGGUUUUGCGGGGUAAAAUACUUUCAGCACAAUUAUUAUAUUGGGGUUGUUUUUUGAAGUAAACAAUGGCCGUUACUGUCAGCCUGAAGGAUGACGGGGAGAAGACGCUGUCGAAGAUGUCCAUUGAUGUCAAGGAGACAGACCAGAGGGACACAAUGUUGCUGUCUUCAGAAGAGGACUCUGCUCCUGUUUUAAGGAAUAGUUCUGCCCCUCUUGAUUUUCUCACGCCUUCUGAUUUGGACAUUUCCUUGCAAAGUUUUACCCCAAACAAAGUAAAGUCCGGUCUUACCCGGAUAAAGAUAAAAAGAAGGUCAAGCGUCAGCUCGGUAGAGUUCUGUGACACUCCACAACAGAAAAUGAAGAAUCUAUUAAGCUGUCAAAGUCCUGAGAGUUUGAUGGAUGUGGAGGAGAGUAAGGGCUGUGAUCCGAUGCCAAGGCAGGACGAUAACAAUGGAAGACGUAUCACCGCAAUAGAUUAUUUGUCUGACAAGAACAGCCAGGAAGGAGGGAAAGAGAACCACCCUCCAGUGAUGUCACCUGCACCCAGCAAGAGGCGGCGUGUGGGGCCCCUCAAAGGCUGUCAAGGGAAGAUUAGAUACCAACAUGCCCCAUUUCUCCACUUAAACUGGAGCGACAAGGAGGAUAAGGAAGAAGCGACAGAAUGCAGUGACACUAUCACCACUGAUGCACUGCCAUCAAGUGAUAUUGAAGAAGAGGCCCAGCCUGUGCUUCUUCCUGCACCUCUCCAUGGUGACAGUGAGCGAGCCAUGUUGGAGCUACAAGACUUUUCAUCAACAAACCACCAACAGGACGAUGUGGGUGAACCUCAAAGACCCGUCCAAGCACGGUCCAGUUUCCUUACGUCAGCUUUACAAGAUGAGUCUUCCUCAGCUUUUCAAAUCUCGUCUCUCCAGUCUCUCCUAGACAUCAAAGUAGCAGAAGAAGAUUCCUGUGGAACUCUUUCUGCAAAGAACAAAAGGAAGCGAGUGCAUUUUGGAGGUCCUCUUUCUCCGGAGUUGUAUGAUAAGCACCUACCUCCCAGCACCCCGUUGCAGAAGGGGGAGACACCAGUUCAAAGCCCAAGACCAGGUGGAGUCUUAAAGCUGCGCUCUGUGUUAAGGAAACCUCAGAGGAAUGAGCCUCACGCCGCACAAGACCCGCCAGACUUCGGCGGUUCCCUGGGGUUCGGAGCCUCCUCGGUUCUUGCAAUGCCUCGCAGAUGCAGAAUGCCCUCUCUGGCAGCAGACCGAGUGGAGGACAAAGGAAAGAGUGGGUUUUAUUUUUGGGACGUUUGUGUAAGAUCCGGAGCAGCAAAGCAAGAGGAAAAUGGAAGAUUUAAUACUUCGUUUUUAACUACUGUGUACCGUGUGCUGAAAAAAAUAUGGAACAUUUAAAUGACCCUUUGGCCAAAACAACCCUGUCAUCUCUACGUAUGAUGCUAAUUUUGCAUAAUGGACAAUAAAUGGACAGUACAUUUUAGGUUAUCACUAAAUGGAUAUUUCUGAUUGAUCAUUUUUUAAUAAAAUAUUUAGGGCUGCAACUAACGAUUAAUUUGGCAAUCGAUUAAUCUGUCGAUUAUUACUUCGAUUAAUCGAUUAAUAAUCGGAUAAAAGAGACAAACUACAUUUCUAUCCUUUCAAGUAUUUUUUUGAAAAAAAAACAGCAUACUGGCACCAUACUUAUUUUGAUAAUUGUUUCUCAGCUGUUUGUACAUGUUGCAGUUUAUAAAUAAAGGUUUAUUAAAAAAAAAAUAUAUAUAUAUAUAUAUAUAUAUAUAUAUAUUUUUUUUUUUUUAAAAGCUUCUGCGCAUGCGCAUAGCAUAGAUCCAACGAAUCGAUGACUAAAUUAAUCGGCAACUAUUUUUAUAAUUGAUUUUAAUCGAUUAGUUGUUGCAGCCCUAAAAAUAUUACAUAUGUACUGCAGUAGAUAUGUAAAAAAAAAUGUUUUCUACUUGGAAAACCUGGAUUUUUUUGUUUAAGGAUGAGACAUGAUUGCAUUGUUUCGCUUCAGAUACCCACUUGCCAACAUUAUUUGUCUGUAUGUUUUGUCUACAAAUGUCUUUUUUGAAAAACUUGGUGUGCUAAUGUACUUGGUGUUCAUGUCAGUAGGAACAUAGCUUGUGAAAGCGGCUCAGUGUAUCACAAUAAGUCAUGUAAAAAAAAAAUUAACUUUUUAAAGGACAGCGCUGGUAGACGAGGUUAUGUCACUUCAUAACGUGAAAUACCCUGAGAAUCAAAGUUGCAUAUUAUGGUAUUGCACCUCUUUUUGUCAAGAUUCCCAGUUGUCAUUUAUUAUAUAGUAUCAACAUGUCAGCUGUCUUUAUUUAUUUACAUUGUGCCUAAUUGUUUAACUACAAUGUCCCACUGGCCAAUAAAAAGUGUUGUGG